CACACACCCCGUCGUGAGGCAGGGAUUCAACAGUUGCAGGCUCUCGCGAGGCUUCGGCCGUGCUGAGGAGGAGUGCCGCCGUCGCCAUGGAGCAGCCGCUGCACGGCCCGCCGGGGCUGUCCACCAUCCUGGCGAAGACGGACUGGGCCGAGCCGUGGCUGCUGGGGCUGGCGUGUUUCCACGUCCUGUGUUUCCUCCUGACCUGCUUCUCUUUCCAACACUACCGGGUGCAAAUAGGGCACUUUCUGUGCAUGGUGUGUUUAGUGUACUGUGCUGAAUAUAUAAAUGAAAUAGCAGCCAUGAACUGGAGGCUGUUUUCUAAAUACCAGUACUUUGAUUCAAGAGGAAUGUUUAUUUCACUUGUAUUUUCAGCGCCUCUCCUGGUGAAUACUAUCAUAAUUGUGGUCAACUGGGUUUACAGAACUUUAAAUGUAAUGACUGAACUGAAGACACUACAGAAGAGAAUUAAAGCAGAAAAAGAUAAAAAGAAGUGAAAGCAUCUAAUACUUUUUCAUUUACAGUUUUCAUAAUACUUGUCCAGAUAAUCAGUCCUUCUACAUGUUUAUUCAGAAGCAGCAACUUUUUUGUCUGAUAUCUGUGACUUUACAACUUGUGACUAUGGACAGUGAAGAAAGGAAAUACCCAUAGUACAUCUGAUCUUUAUGAAAUUGAGAAAACUGGGCUUACCAGCUCUUUGUAUCCUUCAAUACAAGCUAAUUUUUCACCAUGACCAAGUCUGUUAAUAGCAUUGAGAAAGAACCUUCCAGUUUCCAUUUGCCUGUAUCUUAUUUUUUCACUCCCCAUGAAAACUGUGUUGAAUUGUAUUUAUCAAACAUCCAGUCUUCUGUUAACUUACGCCACUGGGAGCCAUGUUGUGAAUUCAAGUUAAUGGAAGAAUUCAGAAUACCUCAGGAAUUCAUGCUUCUGUGAAGCAUUUCACUUCCUUAUAAAUCAUGUUUCAUACUUCCUUUAUGUAUUGUGUGUCAAUGGAUAGUUCUGAUACGGCAGCAUUUUAUAAAUAAAAAUAUCCACAGUAUCUUGA